AUGAAUCCUUACCUGCCUAUUUUUGAAAUCCAGAUAUAUCCUUUUUCGUGUACCGAAGUUGGAACUGACAAAGUAAAAAUGUCUUGCCGAAGAAGCCUCUACCAUGGUUUCCAGCCCGUCAGGGCAUCCCAUCGCCAAACGAGCCGCAGGGAGCACACCAACACAGGGCAUCAGGUGGAAUCAAUCGCUAACUUCAAUGCCCCAAAACACACCGCACCCUACAUUCGUACCACUGACUGGGUUACCUCGUCGCACAAACAAAUGAAGAAAAUUUUCACUUAUCUCAUCUCAUCUUAUAUCAUCUCGCAUUCCCAAUCGCCAACCAAGAAUUACAACUGA